CCUUAUCCAAUCAAAUAGGAGUAUCAUAGCCUAUAAAUAGCAUAUUGAGCCGUAUGCUAAUUCACUUCAAAACAAAAAGAUUUUAAAAACAAACAAGACGUCAGCUAAGAUGAAUAUGGGCAAUGCUAAUGGGGAGGAUGCUAUUGAGGCACUCCAAGCACAAGCUCACAUUUGGAGACAUGCUUUCAACUUCGUAAGCUUCAUGUCUCUAAAAUGUGCACUUGAUUUAGGCAUCCUUGAUAUCAUUCAUAAUCAUGGCAAGCCCAUGACUAUUACCGAGCUGGUUGCUGCGCUACAGAUGCUCAACCCUACUAAAGCAUGCGACAUUUAUAGGCUCAUCCGCAUUCUAGUUCACUCGGACUUUUUUGCACGCCAAAAGCUAGACAAUGAUGCUCAAGAAGAAGGAUAUGUUCUAACCAACUCUUCUCGUAUGUUGCUCAAGAAUAAUCCCUUCUGCAUAACGCCUACUUUGAAGGCUACGAUGGAUCCUAUUAUAACAAAGCCUUGGAGUUUUCUAGGGACCUGGUUCCAAAAUGAUGAUCAUACCCCAUUUGCUACUGCAUAUGGGAAGACAUUGUGGGACUAUUUUACCCAUGAUCCUCAGCUAAAAGAUUUGAUAAAUGAUGGCUUAGCUAGUGAUUCUCAAUUGGUUACUACUGUUUUAGUUGACAAGUGUAAAGGGGCAUUCGAGGGAUUGGACUCCCUCGUAGAUGUUGGGGGUGGCACAGGAACUACGGCCAAGGCCAUUGCUGAUACAUUUCCACUCAUGGAGUGCACUGUAUUUGAUCUUCCUAAUAUUGUUGCUGGCUUGCAAGGGAGUAAGAACUUGAAAUAUGUUGGAGGCAACAUGUUUGAGGCAUUUCCAACAGGAGACGCAAUAUUAUUAAAGAAGGUAUUGCACGAUUGGAAUGAUGAAGGAUGCUUGACAAUUUUGAAGCGAUGUAAAGAGGCCAUUUCAAGCCAAGACAAGGUAGGAAGAAAGUUGAUCAUAAUUGACAUGGUUGUGAGGGAGAAUGAGCAAGUGAAUGAUGAAGCCUCAAGCUUAACUAAAACACAACUCUUUUUCGACAUGUUGAUGUUGGUAUUGGUGGCUGGAAAAGAGAGGCGGGAAGAAGAAUGGGCUAAACUAUUUUUAGCAGCUGGUUUUAGUUCUUACAAAAUUACUCCUAUUGUGGGUUUGACAUCUCUCAUUGAGGUUUACCCCUGAGAACAUUUGGUUAUUGCAUUAUUAGUAUAAUAAUGUCGAGAAAUACAUAGUUUAAGUGGUAAAAUUGUUCUUUGUUGACAUCAUUUACUAGAGUUGUUUGCUGGGAUUUUAACUGUGUUGCCUAUUCCUAUAAUAAGAAUUGUUGUUGUGUUGUUGUCAUGGUCCUACUCUUAUAGACCUUUCUUCUUGUUAUAACUCUUAAGUUUUGUACUUGUAUCUUCAAUAAUAAUAAUUGUUGUUGUCGUCUUUGUCAUGAUUCUACUCUUAUAGACCUUUCUUGUUGUUAUAAGACUUAAGGUUUAUAUUUGUAUCUUCAAUAAUAAUAAUUGUUGUUGUCGUCUU